AUGGUUAAUGAAAAUUAUUUAAUGGAAAAUAAUUACUCUAAAAAUCUAGAUUUUAAAGAAGUAGAAACUGAAAUAAAAGCGUUUAAAAUAAAACAAAAUGAAACAUUUGACUUUUAUAUAGAUAGUAUAAAUAAAUUAAUAGAAAAUGUUGAAAAAGCAAAAAAAAAUUUAGAAGAAAAAAAAAAGGGAAAGGAUAUAAAAGAUGAAAAUAUCAAUCUUAAUGAUAAUAUAGCAAGCAAAAAUAGUAAACUGAAUAAAAAUGAUAAUAAAAAUAGUAUCUAUAUCAAAGAAUUAAUAAAAGAUGUUAAAAAUUUAAAAAUAACAGAAAAAAUAAAUGAAGAAAAUAAGAAAUUUUAUAAUAUAUUGCUGUUAUCAUAUAAAGGUAUAAUAUCUUUAAUAAAACAUGAAGCUCCUGAAAUAUUCAAAAAUGUCUACAUAAAAAAGAAUGUUAUUCUUAGAUUAAUUCUAUUACAUUUUUUGCAAAAAGGAGACUUUUUUAUGUAUUAUGUAUUAAAUAAUGAAAUUUUAAAGAAGAAAAAAAAAAAUAUAGAAAAAAGUGCAUAUAAUAUUGAUCAAUUAAACAACAAUUAUAUCAAUAAAUCAAAUAAUGUAAUAAGUAAAGAUAGUAAUUCUUUAAGAAAUAAAAGCGAAAGUAAUACAAAUAAUAAAGAUUUUUUGCUAAAUAAACCAAACUCUUUUAGUGAAAAACUUUUAGUUAAUAAUUUAUGUUCAUCCUCUAAUAAGAAAAAAAAAGAGGAAGCAAAAAUAAAAAAUUCUAUAAAUGAAGAAGAGUUUAACAAUAACAAGAAUUCUAAAGAUGAAAUUUUUGAAAAUAAGGGAGAUAAUAAUCAAGGAAAUAAAAAUAAUGUUUUAACAAUUUAUAAUAAUUAUAUAUAUAAUGAUAAAGAAAAAGAUAUAAAUUAUUAUAUUGUAAAUAAUAAGUACAACGGAGAUAAGCAUUCAAUUCUUUUAAACAACAUAAGUACAAGUAAUAUGAAUAUAAACAAUAAAGAAAGUAUAUUUUCAAAGUUAAAACAAGAAUAUAUAAGAAAAAUAGAAUUUGAAAAAAUUCCAGAAGACAUAAAAUUUGAGCAUGCAUUAAUUGAAAAAGAAUUAUUUGAUGGAUAUAAAGAGUUACACAUAAUUUUAUAUGAUUUAAAAAAAUUUAAAGUAGAUAAAUGUAUUAAAUGGUAUAAUAACUGCAGUGAAGAAAUAAAAAAAAAAUAUUCUGAGUUAAUAUAUUUAUUACAUUGUAUUAAUUACUUAAUAUAUUCUAAGAAUGACAAAGAAAAAGCAUUAAGUGUUUUAAGAGAUCUUAUGAUAAACUUUAAAGAAAAUAAAUCGCAUAUAUCAAGAUUAAGUACAUUUAUAUGUAUAGGAGUUGAUAACUACUUUUUUAAAAAUAUGCUUUCUAAUGUCAAUUCAAAAAUUUUUAAUUAUUUUAAGAGAGCUUUUAAUGAAGAAGGCAUAGUUAUUAAUUUGCAUAAUAAAAUGAAAAUGAAAAAGGAUAAAAAAAAAGUUGGUAAGGAAAAGAGUAUAGAUUUCAAUAAAGAUUUAAUAAAAAAAUUUCCAAAGAAUAGUAAGGUGACACACAAAAGGAAAAAAUGUGAUAACAAAAAAAAAUUCAUGAAAGAAAAAAAAAAUUCAUUGAAUAAAAAUCAAAAAAAUGAAACUAACGGUGAUGAUAUUGAUUUAACAAACUAUAAUACAAAUAAAAGAGGUGUUAAGAUUUUAAGAAAAAGAAGAAAGAGCAAUAAUAAUCAUAAUAGAUCCUCUUCAUUUAUUUCAUGUAAAGUGGAAAAAAAAAGACUAACAAAAAAAAAAAAAAUAAUAAAAAAAAGAUUAAAAAAAGAUGAAAAUAUUUUGAAAAGAAAAAUUAAAAAAAAUAAUGAAACAAUAAAACAGAAAAAAAAAAAGAAAAAAAAGAAAAAAAUAGAUUCUAUAUAUAGCAUGUACCAGAAAGAAUAUGCAUUAAACAUAAAAAUAAAUCGUAAUAAAAUACCGUUAAUUCAUAAUAAUAUAUAUAAAGAAAAAUAUACUAAUGUAAUUUCUGAAAAUUUUUAUAAUAAUAAUUUAAAUGAAGAAAAUUUUACUCCCUUGUGUGAAACAUAUAUGGAAAAUAAUAUAAAUCAGUUAAUAGAAAAGGAAAAAAUAAAAAAAAAUCCUUUUUAUUAUGCUGUUUCUAAUGAUAGCUAUAUAAACAAUAAUAAUUUAGUAUUACCUAAAGUAAAACUUAAUCAUAAGAACAGUAAAAGUAAAAAUAAAAAUGAAGAAAAGCUAAAUAAAGGAUGGUAUAAACAUGUUUUUAAUUGCACAAAAGAUGUAUUUUCAGAGAUUGUUGAAUCUCAAAAUGAUAUAAAAAAAUUGAUGAAAAAAGAUAUAAAACUUAAUAAAGGUGUAGACUAUUCUAAUAAUACAUACUAUAAAAGAACAGAACCAAUUUACUUAUAUGAACUAAGUGAAAAUGAAUUCAUCCAAUUUUAUCAAAAUGACAAUUCUUAUAUAACUUAUAAAAUAUUAAAUAAAGCAGCACAAUUUUAUGAUAAUAACGAUACUAAAAUAUAUAAUAAUCUAAUUCAAAAUUUAAAUAGUGGUUAUAACACAAAUUAUAUAAAUGUAAAUAAUAGUAUAUACAAUGAAAAUAUUUACAAUAACAAUUUUUAUAAUAACUCUAUUCAUAAUAAUAGUUCUUGUAAUAUUAAUCUUAACUCAUUUAAUCAUUUAAAUAAUUCUUGCUUUAUUAGAAAAUCUAACAUGCUUAAAAGAAAAUUUCCUAAAUGUAAAUUUUUAAGUCAUUUAUGUAAAAAUGAAAAAAUGAAUGAAAAAAAUGAUCUUUUGUCAAAGGAAGAGAAUCUUAAUGAUAUAUUAUUAGAUAAAAAAAAAAAAAACGAAAAAAAUGAAUCAAAUAAAGAUAAUAAUGAAAAUUUCGAAAUGAAAGAGACAAAGAAGAAUGAGGAGUUAAAAGAAAAAGCAGCAGUAGCAGAAUAUAUUAGUAGUGUGUUAAAAAAACAUAAAAAAAAUGAAGAUUAUGAAUAUAUUAAUUUGAAAGAUAUUAAUGAAGAAACUAAUGAAUACUCAUGUAAUAGUUUUUAUAGUGAUAAAUCAAUCAGUUCAAAUAAAUCUUCAGAUUCUUCAAGUGAAAAUAAUUUUUUCAAUGAUUCUAGUUACGAAGAAAAUUUGAAAAAGAAGAUUAACAAGGUAAAAGAAGAAUUUGAUUUAAUAAAAGAAGAUUACUUAAAAAAAAAUACAAUGACAGCUUUAUUAAACACAAAACAUAUACAAGCAUAUAAUAGAGCAGUAUUAGCUGCGAAAAAUACUAGAUUAACUAAAACAUCAAUUGAUGUUAGUAGAAUUUUAUUAACACAUGCUUUGACUACUAGAGAUAUAUUAACUUUACGCAAUACACUAGCAAACAAUAAAAAUGAUUCAGAAUUUAGGAGAAUAUGCUUAAAAUGGAAAUCAAAAAAAAUUAAGCCAAGAAAUAGAUUAAGAAAAAGAGAAAAAAAUAACGAAAGUAAUGAUGGUGAAAAAAAAAAAAAAAAAAAAAGGAACAGUAGAGUAAAUAAGAAAAAAAAGGAAAAAGAAUUUUCAAAAAAUGAAAAAGAGGAAACAGAUAAUGACGAUAAUAUAGAUGAUUAUAUUAAAAAAAAAAAAAACAAUAAAAGGAGCAAAUUAAAAUUUAAAUGUGCUAGUAAAAAAAAUAAUAAAUUCAUAUCCAUUGUAAAACCUUCUAUUUCUCAUUCUUUAGAAUGUUUUGGUUUAGAAGAAUUUAUUAAAUUAACAAAAAAAAAUUUAUUUCUUAAAAAAUCUGAUGAUAAACAGCGCGAAAAUGAAGAUAUACCAUCAAAAUCAAAAGAUAAGAAUAAUAUUCCAGAAAAUAAAAAAGUUAAUAAAGAAGUAGAUAUGAAGGAUAUAAUGAAAAUUAAAAAGGAAGAAAACACUGAGAAAGAAAAGGAAAAUAAGGAAAUUGAGAAUAAGGGAGAGAACGAAGGAAAAAUAGAAUUAGACAAAAAAGAAAUGUACACAAAAGAAAAUUGUGAAAAUAAAUUAGAUAAAAAAGAUAAAGAAAAGCUUGUUGAAGGAGAGAAAGAAUUUGAUAAAUCAAUAAAGGAAAAUACAUUUAAAAAAGAUAUGAAUGAAACAGAUAAGAAGAUUAAUAACGAAAUAUGCAUAGAAGUGGAUCAAAAAGAUAAGAAAAUUAAUAAUUUUAUAUUAAAAAAUGAAAAAGAUGAAACUGAAGAAAAAAACGAAAACGAAAUAAAUAAAAAGGAAAAAAGUGAGAUGGAUAGAAAAGAUAAAAAUGAAAAAGAUGAAAAUAAAAUAGAUAUAAUGGAGCAUGAGAAGGAAAUUAAAGAUAAAAUAGAUAAAAAUAAUAAAAAUGAAGUGAAUGUAAAAGGUAAAGAAGAAGUAGAUAAAGUAAAUGAAAAUAAUGAAAGCGUAAUAUACAAGGAAAAAAAAGACGAAAAAGAUAAAAUUAAUGAUGAUGCUGAAAUAAAAUUUAAAAAAGAAAAAAAAGGAGUUUUUUAUGGAUCUUAUAAAAAAAAUUUUAAAAAAAGAAGAUAUGAUUCUAAUUCUUUAUUAGAAGAAAAGAUUACGGAAGUUCAAAUGAAAAGAAAUAAAAAUGAAGGUAGUGAUUUUAAAUCAAAAAAAAAUAAAAAAGAAGAUUUUAGAAUAAGCAAAAACAUAAAAUCUUUAUCUACAGUUAAAAAAGAAUUUUGUAGAAGAAAUAGUGAUAGCAGUGGUAGCGAAGGUAAUAAAAAGAAAAAAGACAAAAAAAAAAUAGAUAAGGAAAAAAGUAAACAUAAUAAAAAAAAUUGUGAAAAAUUUAAUAAAAAAGAAAAAAAAGAAGUGGGAAAAGGAGAGAAAAAACAAAAAAAUCUUAAAAAAACAAAAAGUGAAAAUUAUGAAGACAGAGAAAUGAAAAAAGGAAAGGAAAAAGAAAAAAAAAUUUUUAUUCAUCUAGAAAGUCCUUUAUCGAUUUUAGUAUGUGGUGGACUAAUAAGUUCAAAAAAGUUAAUAGAAGCUCAUGCUAUUUUAAAAGAAAAUAAUAAAAGACUAGAAGAAGCUAAGAAUAAUUCUACAUUAAAUAACACGAGUUUAAAAAGUUCAGAUAAGUCUAUUGAUAAAAUAGAAAAGGAAAAAAAUAAUAGUAUGAAAAAAGAAAAUGGAGUUUUUUUUUCUAAUUCAUUAGCUAUAGAAGUUGAUUUAAGUGGAUGCUUUUUCUUUCACUCAUCAUUUACUUGCCCAAUUAGCAGAGAUAUAUCAUCGAAAGAUAACCCUCCAUACUUACUUACGUGUGGCCAUGCUAUUUGCAAAAAUUGCGUAGAUAAAAUUCAUGCACAAAGAUCGAGGCAAUGUAAAUGUCCUAUGUGCCCUCAAUAUUUACACAUAUUAGAGAUUAUUCCUUUAUACUUUAGUUAA